CUAGUUUUAGCAGGCGAGCUGUUUGUCGUUACCUACAUUUCCCAGAAUUCAAAGCGAACGCAAACUGCGCAAACUCGCGUCACAGUUGGCACGUAAACACAGCAACAGGAAGCAGCUCUGUGAAAAUGACUCCUAGCAGUAUGGAGAGGUGACGCGUCAUCAGAUUGUAACUGAUAGCAGGGCAGCGUGCUGUGAUCAGCCAAUAGGAAAGCGGCAGCACAAUGACUGAGUGCUUCCUGCCACCCAAUAGCAGCCCUGCAGAGCAGCGGCGAGGAGCGGAGCAUCAGAGCGGCGUGCCUCGGACCCCCAGCUCAGAGGAAAUCAGCCCCACUAAAUUCCCAGGGCUGUACCGCACAGGCGAACCAUCACCGCCACAUGAUGGACACCACCAUGAGCCUCCCGACGCUGCCUCUGAUGAUGAUAAGGAGCACAGCAAGAAGAAGAACAAGUUCAAGAAAAAGGAGAAACGCACUGAGGGCUACGCUGCCUUCCAGGAGGAUAGCUCGGCUGACGAGGCCGAGAGCCCGUCCAAGAUGAAGCGCUCCAAAGGCAUCCACGUGUUCAAGAAGCCCAGCUUCUCCAAGAAGAAGGAGAAGGACUUUAAAGUGAAGGAAAAAGGCCCCAAAGAGGAGAAGGCCAAGGACAAGAAGUCCAAGGACUUGACUGCAGCUGACGUGGUCAAGCAGUGGAAGGAGAAGAAGAAGAAGAAAAAGCCAAGCACUGCAGAACCGGAGCCAGUCGCUGUGGAGACUCCAGCCACAGUCAGACCCAUUUUCGGUGCGCCGUUAGCUGAAGCAGUGAGGAGGACGGCGCUGUACGAUGGAAUCCAGCUGCCUGCCAUUUUCCGCGAGUGCAUUGACUACAUCGAGAGCUAUGGCAUGAAGUGUGAAGGCAUCUACCGCGUCUCCGGAAUGAAGUCGAAAGUGGAUGAGCUGAAGGCGGCGUACGACCGCGAGGAGUGCCCGUGCCUGGAGGAGUACGAGCCGCACACUGUGGCCAGCCUAAUGAAGCAGUACCUGCGCGAGCUGCCCGACAACCUCCUGGGCCGAGAUUUGGCGCCGCGGUUUGAGGAUGCAUGCAGCCGCUCCAGCGAGGCAGAGAAGCUUCAUGAGUUCCAGCGGCUGCUGGCUGAGGUUCCUGAGGGAAGCAGGCUGCUCUUGUCAUGGCUCAUCACUCAUAUGGACCACGUGAUCGCCCGUGAGGCAGACACCAAGAUGAACAUCCAGAACAUCUCCAUUGUGCUCAAUCCCACUGUGCAGAUAGGGAACCGAGUGCUCUAUGUCUUCUUCACGCAUGUGCGUGAGCUUUUCGGUGACGUGGUUCUGAAACCAGUCGUGCAUCCUCUGCGCUGGUCCAACGUAGCCACCAUGCCAGCCUUGCCCGACACCCAGGAGAGCAUUAAGGAGGAGAUCCGGAGACAGGAGUUCCUGCUGAACCGCCUGCACAGAGACUUGCAGGCUGGGAUAAAGGACCUGUCCAAAGAGGAGCGCCUGUGGGAGGUGCAGCGUAUCCUCACCGCUCUUAAACGCAAACUGCGUGAGGCCAAGAGACAGGAAUGUGAGAGUAAGAUAGCACAGGAGAUCGCCAGCCUGUCUAAAGAAGACGUGUCCAAAGAGGAGAUGUCUGAGAAUGAAGAGGAGGUCCUUAACAUUCUCCUGGCUCAGGAGAAUGAGAUACUGACCGAGCAGGAGGAGCUGAUCGCUUUGGAGCAGGUCCUGCGCAGGCAGAUCGCCACGGAGAAGGAGGAGAUCGAACGACUGCGUGCUGAGAUUGCUGACAUACAGAGCCGGCAACAGGGCCGAAGUGAGACAGAAGAGUACUCAUCAGACAGCGAGAGUGAGAGCGAGGACGAGGAGGAGCUGCAGAUUAUUCUGGAAGAUCUACAGAAGCAGAAUGAGGAGCUGGAGAACAAGAACACUCAUCUGAACCAGGCCAUCCACGAGGAGCAAGAGGCUAUUUUGGAGCUCCGUGUUCAGCUCCGCCUCCUUCAGAGUCAAAAGCUGCAGCAGGAGCACACAGCUCCUCCCACAGCGGAGCAGGCCCCAGCCACACAGCCCAGCCCAGAGGAGCGAUCCAGAGCCGAUGAGCCGAUCAAACGCAGCGUACCCGCAUCCAUGGCAGCCCCAGGUGAUGCCAGUGUCGCCACUUCUACAGCUCCAGCCAAUGGGAAGCCGGGAAAGGACACUUUAAAAGUUUCACCUAGUAAAACAUACGCCGUUAAUCAAAAUCCACCAAUAUAGAUCAAACACGAGAUUAAUGUCUGUUGUAUUGUGGCCAGUGAGGUGACGUUUUAAGGCUCAGUGCGUGCAAUCACUCACAGGUUUGAACACAAUUAGGGAGAUAUGAUAAAAAGAUGAAAAAUUAGAUGAAGGUGAAGGGAUUAAACCACAGUGGGUGUGGUAGAGGUGUCAUGAUAUUUUCUUUUUUUUUUGGAGUGGUGUCAUAAACUAAAUUAAAAUAUAUCUAAAUAAAAUUAUAUCUAUAAUAAAAAGAGCUUCAGCAUAAAUUUGGUUAGGAUUUAAUUUUACUGUUGUUCAAACCCAGGCAAUACUAAUUCCCAGGAAAAUACUUAUUUCUGUUAUUCCUCAAAUAAUUCUGGGAAUGUAUUAAUAUUUAUGAGCUACAUGCUAGAAAAAGUUUAUUUCUCAUAGGGGAUUAAAAAAUUUUGUUCUCUUCAUUUCUCAACACUUUUUGGGGUGGGGGGGGGGGAGGGGGGGUGCCCAGGCCCAGGCCCAGGCCCAGGCCCAGGCCCAGGAUUAAGAUCGAAGAAGUCCUCCAGGUUAUUUCUGAAGGUGUGUGUGCACAUGUGUGUGUGAGAUAUGAAACCACUGUGCCAUAGGUGAAUGACUACAACCGGACCGAAGUUUUACACUGAAGAAAUAAAACAGAUCAGACGAAGAAGUUCAGAUGCUCUUAUUUUAUAUAUUUGCAUUAUUUAAAUAUCUGUGCUUUUGAUUAUAUUUAGUGUUCAGACUAAACUGAAAUAAAGUGCAAAUGUACAAUGCAUAGACAUCUGGUAAUAAACAGCCGAUGGUCACAUUGUCAACAUGUUAUUUAGGUUUAAAAAGGUUUUGUCUUUUUACACUUUUACUUUGUGUUUAAAUAUGCUGACCUAAUCAAAAUUGUUACCAGUAAUUCAUCAUGCAAUUAUUUGAUAGCUCUACAAGGGUUGUUAUUAUUAUUAUUAUUAUUAUUAUUAUUAUUAUUAUGACUAAGUUGUCUUUCUAAUUGAUUGUUUUUGAUUGCUUUGGGGAAGUAAUGACUCCAAAUUUAUAAUGUGUGUUCCACAGGAACGUAGAGAAUGUUGUCCAAAUGACACUUCCAUUAAGCGCUAUAUAUAUUCUGUGUUUCCUCUUUCUAUUUGUGUGUGUGCUUUUUGUCUUAUUUUUCCUCAUGUUAAUCAGAACUAGGAAGUCCUCUUGAAUUUAUAAAUACUUCAGUCCAGUCACUUUUUGCUUCUUCUGUGGUUCUAAUAUGAUGUUUUUCAAAGAAGAAGCUCUUGUAUCUUCUCACCAUUGAAAUAGUUUUUUCUUAAUUGCUCUUAGUUGCUCUUAAUAUGGCUUUUGCAGCCACUUGUCUUUACUUUCUGAUGGAUGCUACAAAAUAUAAUAAAUAUAUUGUGUCUGACGAAA